GGGCGGCGCAUCUGAAGCUGUUUCCCGAGGCGCGGCGGCCGCGACUGGGGGUGGGGAGGGGGGCACAGGACCCCAAGCGGGGUCCCCGAGCCGCAGGGCCAGUUCCUGAUCCCCCAGCAGCAUGGCGUCUUGGGCCGAGCCCUCUGAGCCUGCUGCCCAGCUACUUUGUGGGGCCCCACUCCUGGAGGGCUUUGAGGUGCUUGAUGGGGUUGAUGAUGCAGAGGAGGAAGAUGACCUAAGUGGGUUGCCACCACUAGAGGAUAUGGGACAGCCUACGGUGGAGGAGGCUGAGCAGCCUGGAGCCCUAGCUCGGGAGUUCCUGGCAGCCACAGAGCCUGAGCCAGCCCCAGCCCCAGCUCCGGAAGAGUGGCUGGACAUUCUGGGGAACGGAUUGCUGCGUAAGAAGACACUGGUCCCAGGCCCGACAGGCUCUAGCCGCCCACUCAAGGGCCAGGUGGUGACCGUACACCUGCAGAUGUCCCUGGAGAAUGGCACCCGUGUGCAAGAGGAGCCCGAACUGGCUUUCACGCUUGGAGACUGCGAUGUUAUCCAGGCCCUGGACCUCAGCGUCCCGCUCAUGCAUGUGGGCGAGACAGCAAUGGUCACCGCUGACUCCAAGUACUGCUACGGUCCCCAGGGCAGCAGGAGCCCAUACAUCCCCCCCCAUGCAGCCCUGUGCCUGGAAGUCACCCUGAAGACAGCAGAGGAUGGACCUGACCUGGAGAUGCUGAGUGGGCAGGAGCGCGUGGCCCUGGCCAACCGCAAGCGGGAGUGUGGCAAUGCUCACUACCAGCGUGCUGACUUUGUGCUGGCUGCCAACUCCUAUGACCUGGCCAUCAAGGCCAUCACCUCCAACGCCAAAGGUGCCCAGCUAGUUACCCGGGUGGACAUGACUUGUGAGGAGGAGGAGGAGCUGCUACAGCUGAAGGUCAAGUGUCUGAACAACCUUGCGGCAUCGCAGCUAAAGCUGGACCACUACCGAGCAGCGCUGCGCUCCUGUAGCCAGGUGCUGGAGCACCAGCCAGACAACAUCAAGGCGCUGUUCCGCAAGGGCAAGGUGCUGGCUCAGCAGGGUGAAUACAGUGAGGCCAUCCCCAUCCUGAGGGCAGCCCUGAAGCUGGAGCCUUCCAACAAGACGAUCCAUGCGGAGCUCUCAAAGCUGGUAAAGAAGCGUGCUGCACAGCGGAGCACAGAGACCGCCCUGUACCGAAAGAUGCUAGGCAACCCCAGCCGGCUGCCUGCCAAGUGUCCGGGCAAGGGUGCCUGGUCCAUCCCGUGGAAAUGGCUGUUUGGGGCAACUGCCGUGGCCCUGGGGGGCGUGGCUCUCUCUGUGGUCAUUGCUGCCAGGAACUGACUGUCCCCCUGCGUACCUGGACCCCAACCUGUGCUCCCCAACUCCCCCAGGCUCCCUGUCCACUGCCCUCCCUGGCCGAGACACCUCCUAUGGGUUGGGGGAGCAAGGAUUGAGGGUCGCACACCCCAACAAGCAGGAAAGACUGAGACCCUGAAAGGGGGCAUGGGGUACAGCCCAGAGGGAGGGGCCCUGUUCCUCCAGACCCAGUUGUCUCUCUCCCACAACCCUGUUGUCCUCUGGGGUCAGGCCUCAGCUGGGGCAGCCUCAGUUUUCCCUCAGUAGGCCUGGGGGCAGCACUACCAUUCCUUCCUGCCCGCCUGCACCCUCUGUCCAGGCUCCCCCACAGUGAUUUAAAUAAAGCCUCACCCCACACCCUA